AUGCUCUCAAUCGAGUCGCGACUAUUCUCCAUAUUCAGAGACAGCCGCUGUCUCCGCUGUCAGACGCAGGCGGUAUGGACCUCGGUGCGGCACAAGAGCACAACCAGUGCUAAACCUUCGCCGGAAGAACAACCAGACAAUGUACAGCCCAUCGAGCUUGACCGACCGAUUGGUCUUCCAUAUCCUCCAUUACCAGGACAAAAUACGGGGAUUGAUAACCGGUCAUUGAGUGAGCGCCGUGACGACUUUGUGGAUUACCAAAAGCAUCUCCAGCGCCGGAAGGAAUUAACGGCACAUCUGGCAAAACCAUACUUUCGAGAAUGGACGAAUCUGAAAUACAACGAAGGCAAAACAUUCAGGUCGAAUCCGCGCUUAUUUAAACACGACAAGGCCCUAUUCUUCCCCAACCUCUACGGCGUGACGCUCGAAUCACCAAAAAAACCACAAGACACAACAGAUAUUAUAAAAGGCAAGAUCUCAGUUGUGAGUCUCUUCUCGAGUCUAUGGGCGGAAUCACAGGUGGCGACGUUCACGAAACCCGAAAAUAAUCCGCAACUGUACGAGACCCUUGCCGCCAAUCCGGUAACAACCCAAAGAAUCGACAUCAACCUUGAAGAGAACAGGCUGAAAGCUUGGCUAGUCCGAUUUUUCAUGGGUAACAUGCGACGCGAAAUGCCCAGGGACCAGCAUGAUAAGUACUUUCUGGUGCAGGAAGGCAUGACAGACGCGAUUAAGCAGGCCAUCGGAAUGCUCAACAGCAAGGUCGGGUACGUCUAUCUGCUGGAUGAUUACGGUCAUAUUCGUUGGGCGGGCAGCGGUUCCGCAGAUCCAGCUGAGAGGGAUUCUUUGAACGCGGGACUUUUGAGGUUGAUUGAAGAGAAGAAGAAGCGGGCGGACGAUAUUAGUGGUGCAUCUAUGACUUCGCCAACGAAACGAAGGAUAGUGACGACACCAAAGGAGUAG